UGGAUACAGGGGAGGGAGCUGUGGCUAUUUAAAGAGGGUCAUCCAGUCACGGAUAAAUAACGGAGGGUCCACGGCGUUGACUAACCCCCUCUAAAUGGUCUUCAUCCUGCACUGUGUGUCUGUCUGCGGAUACUUAUUGUUUAUUAGUCUGCUGUGACAACCAUCCGUCGACCAGCGCCAGGCCGGUCUACCAGCUCUGCUCCAGGAGCUCUAGCCCCCCCUGUUUUUUUUUAUUUAAUUUUUUUAUAUAGGGGAUACGUGGGGGGAAAAUGGGUAAAGAUUACUACAAAACGCUGGGUAUCUCUAAAGGAGCCACAGAUGAGGAUAUAAAGAAAGCUUACAGAAAACAAGCGCUUAAAUGGCAUCCGGACAAAAACAAGUCUGCAGCCGCCGAAGAGAAAUUUAAGGAAAUCGCCGAAGCAUAUGAAGUCCUGAGUGAUCCGAAGAAAAGGGAAAUUUUUGAUCAAUACGGAGAGGAAGGUCUCAAAGGAGGAAGUGGGCCCACUGGUGACGGACAAGGCACCACCUUCACCUACACCUUCCAUGGGGACCCUCACGCCACCUUCGCUACUUUCUUCGGGGGCUCCAACCCCUUUGAGAUGUUCUUUGGGCGUAAAGCUAACGGGCGAGACGACGAGGACAUGGAGGUGGACGGAAAUGACCCCUUUGGCUCCUUCACCAGCUUCAACUUGAACGGCUUCCCCCGUGACGGCCACGUGGGCCUCGGAGGGCAGCAGCGGCGGAAGCAGGACCCGCCCAUCAUCCAUGAACUGAGGGUCACCCUGGAGGAGGUCUUCCACGGCUGCACCAAGAGGAUGAAAAUCUCCCGCAAAAGGCUAAACCCAGAUGGCAGGACCAUGCGUGCUGAGGAUAAGAUUCUCACUAUUGAAAUUAAGCGGGGUUGGAAGGAGGGAACCAAGAUUACGUUCCCUCGGGAGGGAGACGAGUCACCAAACACCAUUCCUGCUGACAUUGUUUUCGUCAUCAAGGACAAACCACACCCCCACUUUAGGCGGGAGGGCUCCAACAUUGUGUAUCCAGUUCGUGUGAGUUUACGACAGUCGUUGUGCGGAUGCUCUGUUACCGUGUCGACGAUAGACGGGAAGACGUGCAACAUGAAGAUCACGGACGUCAUCAAGCCCGGCAUGAGAAAAACUGUAGCCGGACAGGGUCUCCCUCUCCCCAAAAACCCCGAGCAGAGAGGAGAUCUUGUGGUGGAGUUUGAUGUGAACUUUCCCGAGUCUUUGCCCACGAAUGCCAGAGACGUCCUGAAACGGCAUUUACCCGCUUAGGAUGAAAUAAAUGAGGGAAAGAAAGCCACAUGGGAGCGCCCACCCUCAAUAAGAAACACACACACACACACACACACACACACACACACACACACACACACACACACAAGGACAGUUCUGACAGUUCACAGAUGGACCCCCCCCCCGAACUGAUGAAUGUGCAAUUUCUAUUUUUGAGCUAUGUGGUGUUUUUAUAAAUACCAUGCAUGCUGCCAAGUUGAUACAAGUGCAAGUGAAAGGCUGUUGAUAUCUGAAAGCGCACACUUUACCACUUUUUGUUUGAUGGAUGCAUUUUGGUGUGAAUGAGUCUGCAGCUGCAAAAGAAAAAAAAAGAUAUUAGUGUCAAACAGUACAUUUUCUUGCUCUGAUUUAGAUUUGACAGGCUUCACUUUUUCAAACGGUCUUUUGUGUUUAUUUUGUAAUGAAUAGUGAGCUUUGAUUUGGAGGCUCUUUGAAUUUUUGUUAUCUGGGUAGAAAGUGGUUGAAUGAACUCAACAGGUGCAUUUUAGAAACUUACAUGUGAAGAUGCUGAACUUGAGUUUUAAAAUAAAUAUUCACACACAAACUGUUCUUGAGCCGUUUCAUCCCGUAGAGAGGCGUUCAGAGACUCCUCCUCUGCAAUAUGAACAGUCAUCGCUUUAAAAAAAAAAAGUUAAUACUGCAUAGGAUUAUUUAUAGUCUGUGUAGCAUUAUUGCACAACAUGGGUUCUCUGCAGCACCGGGGAAUGAAAUGAACCUAUAUUUUGAUAGUCAAAUGUGAAUAUUUUGUUGUUGUAAAAAAACAGU